CCCGCGAGACGCCGCCGAGAGACAAGGCAGAGGGCGGCCUCGGCUGGAGUCGUGGAGCCGAGCGCCGCGGGUGGUGGGGACCGAGCGCUGCUCCCCGCGGAGGCGCACGGCCACCGGCCCGAGAGGUGGUGCCUCCCCCAAAAAACCGGUGGGGGGCUUCCUAGCGGCCUCCGCCCAGGCUGCAGAGAGCCUGCUCUCAGCCUCCGCUCGGCUCCUUCCCUUGUGGGAGGGCGAGAGGGAAAGAGGGAGGAGAGUAGGUGGGGGGAGGAGGCAGCUGGAGAGAGAGGGGGCUCUGCGCCAACCGCCCGCGGAUCCAGCAGCUCCUCGGGGAGGACGAGCGAGCGAGCGGGCGAGCGAGCGGGCGAGCGGGCGGGGGAGGGCGCGCCGAGGCUCGCUCGGGAGAAGUGGCCGCCGAUGACGGCAGAGGUGCAGCCAGCCCCGCGCGCGCAGCCCCCUCCCCCUUGCCCUCCUCCCCCUCCCCCUCCUCUUCCUCCUCCUCCUCCUCCUCCCGGCUCGUCGGCGGCGCAGAGCAGCAGCGGCAGCGGCGGCGGCGGCAGCAGCCACCCGAUGUCUUCGGCGCCCGAGAAACAGCAGCCACCGCACGGCGGCGGCGGGGGAGGCGGCGCGGCCAUGGACCCCGCGUCGUCCGGCCCGUCCAAGGCCAAGAAGACCAACGCCGGCAUCCGGCGCCCCGAGAAGCCGCCCUACUCGUACAUCGCGCUCAUCGUCAUGGCCAUCCAGAGUUCGCCCACCAAGCGCCUGACGCUCAGCGAGAUCUACCAGUUCCUGCAGAGCCGCUUCCCCUUCUUCCGCGGCUCCUACCAGGGCUGGAAGAACUCCGUGCGCCACAACCUCUCGCUCAAUGAGUGCUUCAUCAAGCUGCCCAAGGGCCUCGGGCGGCCGGGCAAGGGCCACUACUGGACCAUCGACCCGGCCAGUGAGUUCAUGUUCGAGGAGGGCUCCUUUCGGCGGCGGCCGCGCGGCUUCCGAAGGAAAUGCCAGGCGCUCAAGCCCAUGUACAGCAUGAUGAACGGGCUCGGCUUCAACCACCUCCCGGACACCUACAGCUUCCAGGGCUCCGCCGGCGGCCUCUCGUGCCCGCCCAACAGCCUGGCGCUGGAGGGAGGUCUGGGUAUGAUGAACGGCCACUUGCCGGGCAACGUGGACGGCAUGGCUUUGCCCAGCCACUCGGUGCCCCACCUGCCCGCCAACGGCGGCCACUCGUACAUGGGCAGCUGCGGCGCCGCGGCGGCCGGCGAGUACCCGCACCACGACAGCUCGGUGCCUGCUUCCCCACUGCUGCCCGCGGCCGCCGGUGGGGUCAUGGAGCCCCACGCCGUCUACUCAGGCUCCGCGGCCGCCUGGCCGCCCUCUGCCUCCGCGGCGCUCAACAGCAGCGCCUCCUACAUCAAGCAGCAGCCCCUGUCCCCCUGCAACCCCGCGGCCAACCCCCUGUCCGGCAGCCUCUCCACGCAUUCCCUGGACCAGCCGUAUCUGCACCAGAACAGUCACAACGCCCCAGCUGAGCUGCAAGGCAUCCCGCGGUAUCACUCGCAGUCGCCCAGCAUGUGUGACCGAAAGGAGUUCGUCUUCUCUUUCAACACAAUGGCAUCCUCGUCCAUGCACUCAGCCGGCGGUGGCUCUUACUACCACCAGCAGGUCACCUACCAAGACAUCAAGCCAUGCGUGAUGUGAGGCCACAGCCCCCGGGGCCCUCCAGGCAGGGGCUGGCCGGGCACUGGGACUUCGGAACCCAUCGCCAGAAACUGCUUUAUUUUCGAGGUAUAACCGUCGGCAGAAGAAAAGGGUUUGACCCCUCCUCGACCGGAUUAUUCGGGAAAGGAAUCCCCAAGGCAAAGACGGAGCCCCGCUGUCGGCACCUCCCCGCCACUCCCUCAACAGUUUCUUUAAAAUGGUGGUGGUGGGGCCGGAUCUGACUGCAGCUGUUGAAAAAUAAAUAUCUAUUUUUGAUCCUAUUGAAACCGGCUGAGAAGGUGCUGUGUUGGGGAAAAACCCUCAACAUCUAAACAGGCAUUCUGCUGAGGUCUCUCCCCCUCUUUCCCUCCAAUGGCAAAAGUCGGGGAAGGAGAAAGGCAAACAUGUGAGACCGUCUUUAUCAAAUACUUUUAUUUUUUGGUUGAGUAUUUAUCUUUUUAAUUUUUUUUGAAUGUCUUGGAAUGCGCGUCUCCUUUCAGAGCCAUCUUUUGCAGGGAAGGGGGGGCAAGAAAUCGCCUUCUCCCUCCCCACCUCAGAAGUCCUCCGAUCAACACAGGUGGAUCCUUGUGCGAAUAACUUGCAUUUCUGAAGCCACUGCUCGUCUUAGGAAAGAAACCAGAAGGAGCCCAGAAGCGGCGGCUCUGGGGCCUCUGCUGCCGUCCCCCUCCACCUUCCUCUCCUUCCUUCUCUUCAGUGAUUUUGGUUUGGUUUCUAACUUUAUUUUGACUUUUUUGGUGGGUGUUUUUCUCCCGAGACCUGGCUGUCUCCUGAUCUCUACUGUAAACCUUCUGGUGGGAGAGUGAGGAAAACACGGCGCCGCGGGGACCGGGAAGGCCCGCUGAGCGCUCGGAUUCAGGAUUGCGGUGACGCAGAAAGGUUAAGGCACUUUUAAAAAACGAUAGCAAGGCUCAUCCUGUUAUUUAUUCUACUUUCUUUCCCUAAUAAUCGAAACACCGCAUAGGCUCCUCCGUUUAUCAGUAUUAAUGGUGUAACUUUGUUGGCAAUAUUUGCCGCGUAGAUUUUUUUUUUUUAGGUAUCCAUUGUAAAUUUGAAACUAAGUCCGAUCUGUGUAAAGACAAAUUUCCAUAUGUUUUAUAUAAAUAAAUAUAUAUAUAUAUAUAUAAAAUGAAGGACCCCCCCCCUUUUUUUUUAGUAUUUUGGCUGCUGGGGUGCAGCGUCUGGGACACGUAUUUUAAAUUUCCUUCUGCACUGUAUAAAAAUGACAAUUUGAGGAUGUUUUUGCCUUUUGUGUAUUUUUUCCUAAAAAAGAACAAAAAUAAAAAUGUAUAACAUUUGUACAUGGCCUUUAAUAUUGUAUCAACUAGAAA